AUGGAUGGAACCAUGGAACUCUAUUCUUCUCCUUCGUUACAUAUCUCAAACUGUGUUACCAUCAAGCUCACUGAGCAGAACUAUAUGAUUUGGAAAUCACGGUUUAAAUCGUUCCUGAGGACACAAGCCUUGCUAGGGUUUGUAAAUGGAGUUGUCAAGCCACCGCGAGAAACGAUUCCCAUCCGUAACGACACCAAGGGUAAAGUUGAGGAGAUCUCUAACCCUGACUUUGAACUCUGGUCCAGAUCUGACCAAGUUGUCAAAGUAUGGUUACUUGGAUCUAUGAGUGAGAACGUUUUAAGGCUGGUGGUUGGCUGCUCUACUGCACAAGAGGUAUGUAACACUCUGGUUUCUCAUUUCAAUCGCACCUCAUCUUCUAGUUUGUUUGAGUUACAGAGGCGUCUCCAAAAUGCUGAAAAACUAGAAAAGAACAUGUCUGAUUAUCUUAGGGGAAUUCAAGAUAUAUGUGAUCAACUUGCCUCUAUUAGAGACCCUGUUAGUGAAAAGAUGAAGAUUUUUGCUGCUUUAAGAGGUUUAGGUCGUGAGUAUGAACCGAGAAUCACGGUUAUUGAAGACUCUAUGAAUAGAAAACCUGAACCCACUUAUGAAAGUGUGAUCUCUCGCUUGACUGGCUUUGAUGACUGCUUGCAAAGUUACAUUGUCUCCUCAGAUGUUUCUCCACAUUUGGCCUUUAAUACCAUGAGAAACACAAGCUCUCAAUAUCGAGGAAGAGGAAACAGAGGCAGAGGACGUGGUAACUACUCAACUCGAGGAAGAGGUUUUCAUCAACAGUUCUCCUCUGCAAAUCCUUCCACUGUUUCAAGUGACAAGCCCGUUUGUCAGAUCUAUAGCAAGAGAGGUCACAAUGCGAUUGAUUGUUGGUAUCGGUUUGAUGAAGAGUACUCAAAGCCAAACAAUGUGGCGUCUGCUUUUUCUGCUCUGCAUAUCAGUGAUGUAACUGAUGAUAAUGGUUGGUAUCCAGAUUCGGGUGCAACGGCUCACAUCACCAAUACAACACAGCGUCUGCAGAAGGUUCAACCGUAUUUUGGCAAUGAUGUUGUGAUGGCAAGUGAUGGUAACUACCUUCCCAUCACUCACACUGGCUCUGCAAAUCUUCCAUCAACUUCAGGUAAUCCUUUAAAUGAUGUUCUGGUUUGUCCUGGAAUAGCAAAAUCACUUUUGUCAGUCUCAAAGCUAACAAAAGACUAUCCAUGUGCUGUUACUUUUGAUUCUGAUGAUGUUUUUGUGAAGGACAAGGAAACAUACAAACUCCUGACAAAGGGAAAGGAAAGUGAUGGUCUCUAUAAGUUGUAG